GACUCCUGUCCUUCCCAGAGCAAAUCAAUGAAAAUAACGCUUUAUUAUCUGCCAUUCAGCUUUUAAUGGAACUCUCAGAGCCAGUGCGGACCGAAGAGAACCGCCGCUGCAACCAAAAGAAUCCCCGGAACCUUCAUCCAGCUCUGAUGCCGCUGCUUUUCCGCCAAGUUUAGGAACUUCGUUUCCACUUUUCAUUGUGUUUGGACGGAUCAGAAGGUGCCAGGGACUCUGAUCAGACCUUGCACUUCUGCAAGGACAAAGGAUUUUCAUUUGACCGCAAGCAACAGCUGUGGCUUUUAGCAAUGGAACUACGAGCCGUGUGAGGGCGUCGUGUGCGUCACCAUGAAGCCGCUGCUGCCGCUGCUCUCCCGGGUUAAAUCACACUCUCUGCUCCCAGGAAAGGAUUAGUGGCAUUUUGAUCUAGAGCUACAGGAGGUAAAGAAAAACCAAACAACAACAACAAACAACAACCCGAUAACUUACAGCACUUGUUCGGUGCUGCAUUAUUUUCCACUUGGUUAAACAAGCAACAAGCUGAAGGUCUUGAGGACCAUGGCAGUUCGCCAACAGUGGACACAGAUGUCCAUCAUCAUCAUCAUCUUCAUCACAGUGUCGUCCCUGUGCUCCGUGGUCCUGAGCAGCUCGGUGACAGAGGAGGAAGAAGGCUUCAACGCUGAGGCGUGGCUCCGUAGGUUCGGCUACCUGUCCCAGGCCAGCAGACAGAUGUCCACCAUGCAGUCGUCUCAGAUCCUGUCCAAAGCCAUCGGCGACAUGCAGCGUUUCUACGGUCUGGAGGUGACCGGCGAGAUGGACGCCGCCACUGUGACGGCCAUGCGUCGACCUCGCUGCGGCCUCCCUGACAGAAAACCUGAGGAGAUGGCGGACGCUGCACGGAAGAAACGUUACACGCUGACUGGGCAGCAGUGGAACAAAGACCACAUCACCUUCAGUAUAAUGAACCAGCUCAUCCCGUCCUCGCUGGGCGAGGAGCGGACGUUUGGAGCCAUCCGACGGGCCUUCGACGCGUGGAGACGAGUGACUCCUCUCACGUUUGAGGAGCUUCCUGCCGAGGGCGACAUCAGGACCAAUGGCAGCCAAUCACAGCUGGCUGACAUCCUGCUGCUCUUUGCCUCUGGUUUUCACGGAGAUAUGUCUCUGUUCGAUGGAGAAGGCGGGUCAUUGGCCCACGCCUAUUAUCCUGGACCCGGGAUUGGUGGGGACACUCACUUUGAUGCUGAGGAACCCUGGACACUGGACAAUGAAAACCCUGCAGGUAUAGACCUGUUCCUGGUGGCCGUCCAUGAACUGGGUCAUGCCCUCGGCCUGGAGCAUUCGGACAAUCCCAGCGCCAUCAUGGCUCCUUUUUACCAGUGGAUUCACACCGACAACUUCACACUGCACGAAGAUGACAUCAGAGGAAUUCAGUACAUAUACGGUCCUCCUCUCGUCACCGCUGCUCCCCCCACUGCUCCUCACACCCCUGAACACAAACCCAACGAUGACCCCCCCACCUCUUUUCCACCUGGAGCUGAACCUACUCCAUCCUCCCACCCUAACCCUCCACCAGAGGCACCAAAACCCACCGGUGACACCUUGGACCCUCCAGACCGUCCAGAGCCGAGGCCAGGUCCCACCUCCACUCCACCUUCUCCCACGACCACCACCGCAGCCUCGGAGCCUGACCCUGUCACACCCCCCAUCAAAAAAGAUGUUCCCCCCGCUCCACCGCCUCGUCCUCCCCCUCGGCCCCCGGCUCCUCCUCGCCCUCCGAAGGUGCCGGACAACCAGGCGCCCGACAUCUGCGACGGAAACUUCGACACGGUGACCAUGCUGAGAGGAGAGAUGUUUGUUUUUAAGGGUCGAUGGUUCUGGCGUGUGCUCAGGAACCGUGUUCUGGACAGCUACCCCAUGCCCAUAUCUGUGUUCUGGAACGGUCUGCCCAAUGACAUCGACGCCGCCUACGAACGCCACGAUGGCAAAUUUGUCUUCUUUAAAGAGGAUCCAUACUGGUUGUUCAGGGAGGCUGACGUGCUGCCAGGAUACCCUCAGCCGCUGCACGAGUAUGGACGAGGAGUUCCAACACAAAGGAUCGACACUGCAAUCUGGUGGGAGCCCAAUGGACACACAUACUUCUUCUCAGGAGACAGAUACUGGAGAUACAACGAGGAGAGUCGAACCACAGACCGUGACUUCCCUAAGCCGCUCAACAGAUGGGGCAGGAUCCCUCACUCGCCCAGAGGAGCCUUCCUCAGUGAGGACGGAGCGUUCACAUAUUUCUACAAAGGCAGCAAUUACUGGAGGUUCGACAACCUGCGGUCAGAGGCAGACCAAGGCUACCCUCGCUCCAUCCUCAGGGACUUCAUGGGCUGCGUACAAGCUCCAGUCCCCGAGCCAGACGUUGACCCCGAGAAGAGGCCAGAGAACGAACCAGUACAGCCUACAGACCCAAGCAAAAAACCAGACGAGGGCCAGACCACUGAGUCCGACGUCACGGACGGCGACGAAGACGAAGACGAAGACGUGAAGGUGGCUGUGACGGUGGCGGAGAGUGAGUCCAAGGUCAUGACUCUGAUCAUGGUAACUGUCCCCCUGGUGCUGAUCCUCAUCAUCCUCGUCCUCAUCUACGCCAUCAUCAGGACUCUGCAGAACAAGGAGACGCCCAGGUCUUUGGUGCACUGCAAGCGGUCGAUGCAGGAGUGGGUGUGACGCCCCGACGUGGAGAGGAUUACACGAGGGUUGAUGAAUUUUCUGGUGAACUCCUUUUUCACCACUUUUGUACUCGCUCCACUCUGCUCCGCGGCGGAAAAACAAGC